GCCCAACCCGACCGGAGCGGAGCAUGCGCCGUGCGUGGUGGGCGGCUGCCGGCGCAUGCGUGGUGGCAGCGGCCGUGACAGGGAGUGAGGGGCUCAGGUGCGCCCGGAUGGCGGCCGGGUCGAGGAAGCCGGGCUCCCCGCGGGACUCGGAGUCGGAGGUCUGGUCCCGCCGGGUCAGGGAGCUCGUCAGCUCCGAGCCCGCCAGCCGCCUCUGCUUCGAGUGCGGGCAGCGCGGCGUCACCUACGUGGACAUCACCAUCGGCAGCUUCGUUUGCACCACCUGCUCGGGGGCGCUCCGUGGGCUGAAUCCCCCUCACCGGGUCAAAUCCAUUUCCAUGACAACCUUCACAGAGAGCGAGGUACAGUUCCUCCAGUCCCGCGGGAACGAGGUAUGUCGGAAGAUCUGGUUGGGCACCUUUGACUCACGGACGUCUCUGCUGCCAGAUUCCCAAGACCCUCAGAAAGUGAAGGAGUUCUUACAGGAGAAAUACGAGAAGAAGAGAUGGUACAUCUCACCAGAACAAGCCAAAGGCUUGGCCUCUCUGAGUGCCCAGAGCUCCGCUGCAGAGGUGAAGACGCUGCUGGGGGACUCGGGACCUGUGCCUACGGCAGUCAAGCCUGCUCAGACUCUGGACAAAGCCCAGCCGCAAGUCCCUCAGCCAGCCAAGAAAGCCAGUAUGGACCUCCUGGCUGACAUUGGGGGAGACCCCUUUGCUGCCCCUCAGCCCGGACCUGCCUUUACAGCCUUCCCUGCCUUCGGGAGCCAGGUGCCAGCCCAGGCCACCUUCACCAGCUUUGAUGCCUUUGGCGGAGGCCCUGCAGCAUCGGCGUUUGGGGACACAUUAGCCUCCGGCCACAGCCCUUUCCAGAGCCAGCCCAUGGCAGCAGGUGGCACCCACAUGGGCGGAUUCCCUGCCUCCCCUGCCAGCCAACCAGGGGUGGGCAUUCCAGACAUGGGCGGGGCCUUCAGAGUGGGAGCCGUUCCAAGCAGUGUCUUCGGGGCCCUCAGCCAGUCACCUGUUCUGCCCCCACCCAGUCCUGCCCCAGCUUACGGGGCCUGCACCAACCCCUUUGCCACCUCUGCUGUCACCCAGCCCACGCUGCCUUCCACUAACCCCUUCCAGACUAAUGGCUUGGCCCCAGGUGCCUUCAUGGUUGGAUCUCCCAGCGGCUUCUCCGCCUCCCCACUCUCCAGCGUCUUUGCUUCCCCACUGCAGCAGCAGCAGCCCUUCUACCCUCCCCAACCAAUUCUGGGUCAACAGCAGAAUGGAGGAUCCCCCUUCGGUGGAUUUCCUGUAGCCAAAGCUGGUCAGAGGGGCCCCGGACAGCCGGUUGGCAUCUCAACCAACCCUUUUGUGACCCCGAUGGCUGCAGCACCUGCUGUCCCCUUCACCAUGGCAAAACAUCCUCCUACCAACCCUUUCUUAUAGCGCUGGCAACAACAGCCCCCGGAGACCCCCCCGCCCCUCCACUUGCCUCCGUAUAUAGGAGAGCGCCCCGCCCUUGGGGCACGUGAUUCUGCCCGGAUGGGGACGGGUGCAAAGUGCUUUAGCUAUUGGCCAUUGAAGAGGGAGUGUGGGUGGCCCAAACCGGUGCACGGCGGGGGCUUGUCAGGCAACUGUGGGCUUUGCUGGAAGUGGGGCAGCAGUGCGGGCGGGCAGGCAGGCAGGCAGGCGAGUGGGGGAGUGUACGCGAAGCCCUGCAAGGGAGGCUGAGCAGGCCUCCCUCAGCAGUGGACGCGGAGACUCGAUAUCCCCACGCAGCCCUUGCACGUUGGCAGAGGGGAAGUCCUUGGGGUCAAGCGCCUGCACCGGCACUAGAGCUUCCCUGCGCCCCCUCGCUGCCGCCUCCCCACCCCCAGCAGCCCGUGCAGUGGGUUGGUCCCCCUGGACUGCCCAGGGGGAAGGAGAGAGCUCCGGCUUCUCUUUGCCACAGGCCGAUCUGCCUCACCGCCCCGCAGUGACCCUCGCAGCCCCCUCCUCCCUUGCCUGGCCUCACAUCCACUGUGCUGGGGAAGGAAGGCUUCCAGCUUUGAAUCCUCUUCUCCCCCUGCCCCCCCCCACAUUUCUCUCAUGAUUUAAUUGCACUAAACAGGAGGGAUGGCUUGAAUCCUGCUUCACAUAUUGAGUACCAGCAGGGGCCUUCGUACGCCAGUCAGCUACACCCCCACCCCCCACUCAUGAGCAGAGGAGGGAAGAAGCAAUAAUGACGCCCCCACCCCACCCCCCGGCAGCCAAGAGCGCCCAGGAAUCCACCCGCCGCGUGGGCUUGUCCCUGGGCCUGCAUGGCGCUUGGAGCAGGUUGUCCCUCACCACAGCAGCCCUCCUCUUUAAAGGUCAGAAGCAUUUCAGAAGGCUUCCUUUUGGCUGCCCACGCCUGGGAGCGAGACAACGUGGGGCAUGGGGGGGGGGCUUAUUGCACAUGUGCUUUCGUGAAAAACUCAGAAAAGAAGCUGGACUCUGUGGUCAGUUCCAUACCCAGCAUUGCGCUGUUUGGAUACCCCCCCUUCUCCCCCCCCCCCAGUGUACCAUGGGGCCUGCUGGGUGCUCAUUCCAUGCUCUGCAGGGAUGGACAGUGUGCUUUAGCAGGCUCAGGGUGUCUGGGUGGGGAGAGCCCAGGUGAGCCAUCUGGAGAAAGGUGGAGAGGGUGGAAUUGCUCUCUCUCUCUCUCUCUCUCUCUCUCUCUCUCUCUCUCUC